AUGGUUGAUCGGUUCUUGGGAUGGCGCUGCAUCUCCUGCUUGGGCCGGAUGGACACCAGGGCUGUCACAGACAUCCUACGGGAUUGGUUUGUGGAUUAUGGCGUUCCACAAUUCAUUCGCUCCAAUGGAGGCCCUCAAUUUCGAUCAGAAUUUCAAGAUUUCUGCCGUGAUAUGCAUAUUACUCACCAAUUAUCCUCCGCCUAUCACCCAGCCUCAAAUGAUCACGCCGAAUUCGCGGUCAAAUCAAUGAAGAUGCUGCUCCAAAAACCUAAGAAUAAUUGGCGUUAUUUCCGGCAAUCUCUUCCCAAAUGGAGAAACGUGCCCCGUAUAGAUGGUCUUAGCCCGGCCCAGUGGCUCUUUGGGCGCCGACUUCGCACCCCACAGAUUCCCAGCCAUCCUGCCUCUUACAAUCGCGUUUCCAAUGGCGAUUAUCUGGCGGCCCUCUUGAAACGCGACGGGAUCGAGGGGAAGUCCCAGGAUAGCUUUAAUGCCCGUUCUUCUGUUCUCACGCCACUUUCUCCCAACACCGACGUGCUCGUUCAGGAUCCCCAUUCCAAGAAAUGGAAUCAAUCCGCCACCAUCAUCCGGUUCCGUGAGAAUGGACAAUCAUACAUCAUUUCGAUGAAAAGUCAAACCACCAUUCGAAAUCGGCGCCAAAUCCGUCCUUAUCGCGAUUCUUUAUCCAACUUUUCGGACCAUAAUCGCCCUUUGACUCCAAAUGUGUCUGAUGGCUUGGACUCAAACGACCACCCUGAACAACAAGAACGAGAGAUUGUACCAGUGUCACUGCGACGAGGCGCUCCAUCCCGCCCCAAAACAGUCCGGUUCAAUUAUCCCCAUUGA